AUGAGUUCCCCAAAAAGGCGAGCCUUCAAGGCUACAGACAACGAUGAUGCAGAAGACACCCCCCUUCACCACCUCCGCCCCUUUGGCACCGGGUUAUACAAGCAACAGAUAAAAUUCGUCCCCGCCUCCGAUGGCGAUCUAGACUCGACCAGCUCGACAGCGGCCAAGUCCAACAACAAGCCAAAACUUGACGUAGCUGAUCUCUACCUGAACAUGGUUCUCGCCAACAAGGACAAACAAAAACAAAAAGAAGAGCCAUCGACAACAACAACAACAAGAACAACAACAACGACAGCGACAGAUAUCACCACUACUACCAACCCCUCAAACACAGACACAGACACAGCCCAAACCACAAGCACAGCACCAACAAAGCAGCCACCACCAAUAGCACAACCACAACCACAACAGCUUGAAACCUGCCAAAUCUGCUCCCUCCCCUACGACCCCACCCCCUCCGGCCUCGCCGCGCACGAAUCCUCCUUCGCGCACCAAUCCCGCCUUCCACACUCGCACCCACCCUCAGCCUUCAACCGUUCACGGAUGGGCCUCAAACACCUAACCAGCCACGGGUGGGACCCCGAUUCCCGGCAGGGUCUCGGAUCCGCGGCGCAGGGGAUCCAGUUCCCUAUCAAGGGCAAGAAGAAAGAUGAUCAUUUGGGUCUUGGGAUAGAGGUGCCCAAGAAUGGGAUUCCGUUGCCGAAGAAGAAGGAGAAGUUGUUGGAUGCGAAGAAGGUGCGGAAGAUGCAGGAGCAGGAGAAGAAAAGGGGACAGAGGAUACAGAGGGAACUGUGGGGGAGGGGACCGGAUUUGGAGAGGUAUUUGGGGAAGGGGCCUGGGUAG